AUGGAAGCGCGGGAAGGGUGCCUCUUCCCAGCCCUAUCUUCGGCCAGUGGCCGAUCGCUGAGCCGAUCGCAGCCGAGCCGAUCGCAGCCAUCUUUGAGGGCACCUUCAGUGCUAUCGGCAGUGAGCACAAGCUUCGUUCCAUUGCUGGCUCCGCAGUCGAGGAUAGGAUCGGCCGUGCUGUCGCAGCCGCCAGAGCCGGCGAUCCCGCGCGAUCCGUCGCAGGUCAGCGCGACUCCACCGGUAGCGCCAGUGGUUCCCAAGCCCUUCUCACGAAGAAAGGAGACGUCUGGAAACUUGGCAGCGGCCUUCCUGCCUUACCCUGCGAGUGAGGUGUCCUCGAUCAAAAGUGGAUGGAGGGAAGACUACUGGAAAGAGCCCAGUCCCAUGUUCACUCAGGGCCUGAUGCAACAGGAUCUUCGGUACUCCACGGAGUGUUCACAGUGCAAAUGUGUCGUCAAGGAGGCGAAGCUGCCCCCUGCGGGGCACAUCAGUGCGGAGGAGCUGGAGCAGGAGCAUCGCUUGCAGUGGCUGGACUCCUUGAUCAAAGAGGAGGAGAAGGGUUUGAGAUAUCCGCGCUACUCCAAAUCACAGAUCAAUGCCCGCCUCUUUCCGGACAAGAUGUACAACCAGCAUGCGUGGUCACACAAGUGGCUACCAGCUCCAAAUCUGGCACCAAGGCACCUGACUUAA